AUGAUAAAUUUGCUGAGUCAUGCACCGACAAUUCCUCAUCCGGACAUCGAACCAUCCGUCGAGUUUCUGAAGACUUUCCUGUCCAUUCGAGAUCAUCAAGAAACAAUUCAGGUCAAUUCUACCCCAGCAAGUCUCUUCAAGAUGCUCGCCCAAUCCGCAACCCGAGCCAGAAUGGCCAGCACCGUUUCCCGCCGCGGCUUCCACACUACCCGGCCUCAGAUGGCCAGCCCUUUCCACUACCCAGAGGGCCCUCGCACCAACCUCCCGUUCAAUCCUUUAACCAAGCACUUUUUCUGGAGAUACUGGGCAUUCAUGGGUGUGGGUUUCGGCAUACCUUUCGGCAUUGCUGCCUGGCAAAUCAAUAAAACCCAAUAAAUCUUCCCGGGGUGUAUUGUUAUUCAGUCUUGUGUGGUAACAAAUCUUCUUUGAGGUGGAAAUGAGUGAAUCAUUAUUAUAUUGUACUGUACCAAGCUAGAAUUAGUAUCAAAACAAUCUCCCGUAUAUAAUUCUCAUUCUCCAGCUCUAUUUUUGCCAUGAUUUAGGAUGCAUAAACCGUACGGCAUUGUCGCCUGUUGUGUUGAAAUUCGUGGGAUUAAAUACGGGCUUGUUUUCAAGAAUUUAAGCCUGUGGAUGAAGUCAU